AUGGCCGACUCAGCAACCUCCCGCCAGCGGCCUUCGCUUGGCCAGAUGCGAAGCAAUUCCUUCCUGCAGGACCAUCAGCAGUAUAAGCCUCCCAUCAACCAGACAAUUGGAGAGGUACUCAGCGCACAAUUGGACGAGGUUACCUUGACCAACCCAAUCAAGCCGGAUCCAGAGCGUGUCACGGACAGCGGUAUCAUCCACAGCAUCUUCAACCACCAGUCCAACCAACUCCCCCAGGGUACCCCGCGCAUCGUCGCAACCAUCUUCUACAAGUCCGCCAAUCCCGUCCACCCCCACUACCACCCCGAUGCCUCGCCUGCUUUGCAACCAGGUGAUAAGCUGCCCUCACCACACAUCCCUGCUGGAUCAGCUCCGUCAGUCGAUAUUGAGAAGAUCCCUCGGGAACCGCCUGCGCCGGAGCCCGAACCGUUGGACCACAUCUAUGGGCCAUACGUCUCGCAGCUGUGCUUGACCAAUUUCCUCCAAACUCUCGAGUCCCUGCCCACUCCGUAUCAGCGCACAAACACCUCGCACCGCUGCCUGGAUCGCGAAGAACACCCCCGUGUGGUGGAAGUCACCAUCUCCCCGCCGCCGAACCCGGCUUACCUCUCGUUCAGCGAUCUGCGCAAGCAUGAGAGUAUUUGGCGGUUCGAGCGUGAGUGGAAUGUCGAAGUGGUUUUGCAGCAGGAGAGCGUGUUCCGCCGGCAUAAGCGGCUGGCAGUGUUCGACAUGGACAGCACUCUGAUUGAGAACGAGGUCAUUGAUGAGAUUGCCAAGUUUAUCGGUGUAGAGAAGGAGGUUUCGGAAAUCACCGAGCGCGCUAUGAAUGGCGAACUCGACUUUUCGGCGUCUCUCAAGGAGCGCGUUGGUCUGCUCAAGGGCGUCCCGGCUGAUGUGUUUGACAAGCUUAAAUCUGUCAUCACCAUUGCCAAGGGUGCCCGGGAGCUGUGCCGUGCCCUGAAGGCAUUGGGCUUUAAGAUGGCUGUGCUGAGUGGCGGCUUCCAGCCUCUUGCUGAGUGGCUCGCUGGCCAGCUGGGUCUGGACUACGCAGUUGCCAACCACCUUGAAAUCGAUCCGGUCACCCAAACUCUCACCGGAAAGCUGGUAGAGUCCAAGCCCAUCAUCGAUGCCGCCCAAAAGCGCACUCUCCUCAAAUCCAUCGCUGCCGAGAACAACAUCCCUCUCUCUCAGACCAUGUCAGUCGGCGAUGGAGCCAACGAUCUCCUCAUGCUUCACGCAGCAGGCCUGGGUGUCGCCUGGCGCGCCAAGACCAAGGUUCAGCUCGAAGCCCCCACUCGCAUUAACGGCGAGAGCCUCACCGAUAUCCUCUACCUGCUGGGCUUGGACAACGAGGACAUUUCCGAGCUCGGCAAAGCCACGGAGUAA